UGUAGCGCCCGGCCCGCCGCCGCCAUGCAUUGUGGGGCGGUAGCAGCAGAGCCAAGAUGGCGGCCAGCAGGAGGCUGAUGAAGGAGCUUGAAGAAAUCCGCAAAUGUGGAAUGAAAAACUUCCGUAAUAUCCAGGUUGAUGAAGCUAAUUUAUUGACCUGGCAAGGGCUUAUUGUUCCUGACAAUCCUCCGUAUGAUAAAGGAGCCUUCAGAAUUGAAAUCAACUUCCCAGCAGAAUAUCCAUUCAAACCUCCUAAGAUUACAUUUAAAACAAAGAUCUAUCACCCUAACAUCGAUGAAAAGGGGCAGGUUUGUCUGCCAGUAAUUAGUGCUGAAAACUGGAAGCCAGCAACCAAAACUGACCAAGUAAUCCAGUCCCUCAUAGCACUGGUGAAUGAUCCACAGCCCGAGCACCCCCUUCGGGCUGACCUAGCUGAAGAAUACUCUAAGGACCGUAAAAAAUUCUGUAAGAACGCUGAAGAGUUUACAAAGAAAUAUGGUGAAAAGCGACCAGUGGACUAAAACCUGACACAGUUGGUGUCAGCAACGUAUGAUAGAAGAUCGGAGCAGUGCAUUUGAGACACCCCGUAAAGCAGGACUCUAUGGAAAAUUGACAAGUGCCACCUUUCGGUGUUAACUUGUGGCUGUUACUAACUUUCUACAGUUUUCUUAAUCAAAAGUGGGCUAGGUAACCUGUAAAGAAAGGAUUAAAAUUUAAGAUGUUCUAGUUCUGCUUUCUUUGUUUAAAAAUCACUGCUUCAAUAUACUUUAAAGUAUGCUGUUUUCUUUUUCUUGUCAGAAUUUAUCAAAAAUAUCUUAGACUUAUAUUCUGCCCUUAAAUUGAAAAGGUUGCGGCUGUCACUUAUUUUUUCUGCAGUUCCCACUAUCUUGAGUUCACUCAGUUCUUUACUGGAUUUCAUCCCCCUCCCCAAGCCAAUGUCUUAGAAAAGAAUAUCCCAGUUCUGGCAGAAAAUGAUUGAGUGUUUGGCAGUUUUGUUUACUUUUCCUUCCAAAUGUUGCACUGUGCUUUGUGGGACUUGCUGCAAGUUCCCCUUAACUUCAGUUUGUAACAUAAUAGACCAACAGAUCCCACAAAACCAAUCAGAAAUAAUGUCCAGGUCUUAUGUAAAUCUGGCUGAUGUUACCACCAAAUGUUUAUUAAACGGGGAAACCCAAGUUUUUGUGUGCGUCAUUGAAUUAAAA